AGAGACUGAAUUAACCCAGAAGGGAUUCGACUGUGGCAUUGGAUUGUGUUUCAUGUUCUCAGGGUUGAGGUCUGCUGAGUUGUUUUGGGUUUCGUCUGGGGUACCUUCCAGGGUUGAAGAGGCUACCAGGUUGUUAAGGAGGCUCGGCCGGGGUUCAGUUGUGUUUUGA